GACAACUAUUAACUUUUCGUAAUGACAACAAAAACACCACAAAGACAUUUUUUUAAACGACGUUAGAUACCAACAAUAAUGGAUUGAAAUGUGGGGAUAUUAUUGUAUUAGAAUGUGUUCUCACUAUUAGAUGAAACUUAAUUACUUCCAUUUCGGCUCAUGGUAUCAUUAUUUUGUAUUUUAGAUAAUCUAGGACACUGACAGCCUGAGUACUAGGAAUAAAAGGAUCUAAUCUAUCCUGACCUAAUUAAAUCACCACUUCAGAAAAUUCAAGAUUUAAUUUAACCUGUGCUGUGUCACUCAGUAUUACUAGCUAAAAGCUAUUUUUAAUCUAUAAAUACUAAAACUAAACACCAGUAAUGUUAGUAACGCUUUACUGUGAGUGAAUGACAUCUUGACUCUUACACUUACACAGUCUACAUGCAGUACAGUCUAAGCUACUUAAAUUAAAAUAACAUAAACUUAUCUGCUGGAAUCACUGUGACAUUGACAUGUUACUAAAUUACUUGUCUCAACAGUUCAGUGAGUAGGGACUGUUAUUUAAGAUUUAAGCUUUUAACUUUAAGUUAAAUUAUCUUUUGAUCAUCUGAUCUCCGACCCAUCUCUGCUAAUACCCAGUGCUAUUCAUCACCACUGAACUGUCAUUGACUUGGACUUGAUAAUUUAUGAGCAAUUAGGAUUAGGCAAAUUGUCUUUAACAUGAAUGCGAGAUCUCAAGCUAUCCAAUUGGUAAGUAGUCCAACAACUGGAAGCCUAAGAAAGUUAAAUAACAUAAUGUUACAAUUAAUUAGGCUAGUGUUUGGUAGACAAAUACUUACAUUUUAGUUUGAUACAACUAGUACUAGUGUCUAGUCAUUAAUGUAAAGCAAAGUAUGGUAACUCAAUAGUUGACUUAUUUUAUUUGUCUUAUUCUUAUACUUACAUAACUUUUUAACGGAAUCAUUUAUAAGUUACUAAUAAAAGACUUGAAGGUAAAGUAUGUGUGUUACCUUUGUUUCUUUGAAAAAUUUUAGGCCAAAUAAUUUUAAUCUAAUUCAAAUGCUCUAUCUUUUUAAUUUUAUGGAUUUAUUAAUUUAAUUUGUAUAUACUAUCUAAUCUUUCAACAGACUGUAGAAGGAAGGCAAAUAGAGGAAGUGGUUCUUGGACUUUUUCAUACCAUUUUACUUAACCGCACAACUGGCAAGGUAUGAAAGCGUGCAUGUUCUCUUAACUUCAAUUUUAGCUAACAAGUUUUCCACAUUUCUACACACAGUCGUCCUUCGCUAUAUUGUGAUUCACUUUUCAUGGUCUCACUGUAGCACAGAUUUUAUUAUAUAUCUUAUAGAGAUACCCAUAUAGAAUUUAUAGUAAGUUGUUAGAAUUAUGUAGGUUGAACACUGUAGAAAGUGUUUUAGAGUGUGGAAAUGGUUAUUGACAAAGUGGGAAAGGUUUAUAAGAGUGUGGGAGGGCUUAUAAAGUCUUAAAAUAUAUAUAUAAAUAAUAAAUGAAAUAUAAGGUUGCCACUUCUUUGAUUUUUGGCUAUCACAAGGCGUUCUGGAACCUAAUGCCAACCAUAGAUGAGGGACCACUGUAUAUAAUUUGGAAUGCUUUUUCACUCGCAUGCAAGAACAUGAAGAAGGGGUGGUGGUGGGUGGGGGGGGGGGCUGUCUGGUGUACUGAAAAUAGUUUUUUCGGGGGGUUGGGGGGGGGGAAGGUUUCAACCUUGCCUAUAUUGAGCAGCAUUAACCUUGCUACACCAGAGACAUGGGAAUCCAUUAGCCACGAACAGUAAGAGUGUUUCCAUCUGAACUUGUUGAUGACUUUUUAAAUUUUUUUUUAAUAAGAACUCUAUUUUUAUAUUCACCCUGAAAGUUGAGGAAUAAUAAUUUCAUUUAAAAAACUUAAAUUAUACAUGUUAUGGUAUUAAUUUUAUCGUGUUAUUUUAUUCUACAGCACAACUAUACAAAGGACAGAAAUUUUACAAUUGGUUCUUUAAGUGUACAAGAUACAGACUGUGAUUUUUUAGAUUUUACAUAUGUGAGUAUUUGAUGAAAGAAACAAUGUGUAGCAAUUAAGUUUUGUCACACAAAGAAAUGUUGUAAAAAUUUCUCUUCAUGUACACUACAACUGAAAAGGGUUUCAUGUGGUCAGUUUAAAAUUUCUUGCCAGUUAAAGUGUAUAGUUUUUUACUAAACAUUUGCAACGCCAAUUCUUAUUACAUAAUGAUAUACAUUAUUAUUUAUAUUAAAGGCACCCCCCUUAGAUGUUAAGGGGGAGUGGUGAAUUCAUGACUGCUGAGAGGAUUAUUAAGUGCUGGAACAAGACUAAAAUUGGCCCCUCCACCUACACAUUGAUACAUGAAUCAAUCAUGUCAUGAUUUUAUUAAUUACAUUCAAACGUACUUGCAAAUAUAUUAAAAAGGUGACAGGUACUUCUGUAAAAGAUAAUAAAAACAGUAAUACCCAUUAACAUAUAAACAAAAAUAAAACAAUGUACAUACACAAAGAAUUUAAAACUAAAUUGAUUAUAAGCUUGUAACAGUUAUUUAUAGUUCAGAUGUUAUGGUAUUUAUAUCCUGCUAAAUAAUUGGUCUUUCCUAACCUUUUUCCUGGCAAAAUUGAGAAUAACAUCAUCAACAUCAGACACAAUACUGAGUCUUGCCAAAUUUAUCAGUUGCGUCUGUGACAUAAUUACAUAAAUGCUGAAUAAAGGUUCUGCAGAGGCCGCAGUAGCACGAAUUGUUAACAGAACUAUAUGUAGCCCGCCAAACAUUGGCAACAGCAAUGCGUGAACUUCCCAUCUUCUAAAUUUACUUGACAAAAAAUGAGCUCAAGUAACGCACAUUUAAGAAUCCCAAUUUUUGCUACACCCCUCCCCCCAUAAUACGUCACUGCACACUUUUUAUUUCAUGCCCAUGAGCUAUAUUAAAUAUUCUGAUGCCACAACUCAAAUUGAGACGAUUUCAUUUUUCGAAAAGAAAAUAUUACGCGCCAAACGCAAAUGCAUUAUAUAAAAAAAUAAAUCAUUUAGCGCAGUUGUCUGGAAUGAUAUUUUGUGUACUCUUGAACCAUACUUUCUUUCAAACAUAUAGAAUUAUUUGUAAUAUACUCUCAUUACCAAAAUGCUGAUUGGGAAGCAGUCAAUUAGGAAGCAGUCCACCAGAAGCUUAAUAUAUAUAAGAGAUACAGAGGCAGAUGCCUAUUUGGAAAGAGUUCUUGCAGCGUGUAUCUUUUCAAGCAAUUCAGUAACUCCAAUGGACUUGGCUCACUCAUAAAUUUGCUUGAUGACCAGAUGGCAAAUUACUUAUCCCCAUUACAAAAUCUUUACUGAUCAGCGGGAUAUUGACCUGCCAGUAAUUUUGAUUUUCUUUCAUUACAUCUAGAGCAGGGGUAGGGAAAGUCCGGACUGUGGGGCAGAUACGGCCCAUAAGAUCAUUUGUUUUCAUAACAACAUAAAUUUAUAUUAAGUGAAUCAAAAUAAUCACAUACAUUUUGAAGGACAAGUUAAAUUCGUUCUAUGAAAAUUACAUCACCUCGAUAAUGCUGAGUUGUGCGAGGAUUCCACAGAGAAUUUUGCACAUAGUACCCAAAAUGUUUGUAUUGCGCGGCAUAUAACUCUAAUUAAUUUUUUUUAAUAAAUUAUAUUGAACACUGCAUUAAGUAUGGUACUGUAAAACUUUAAGUUGUGGAGCCAAUGUAUAUGAAUCCAAUAACAAUUUAAAGCAAAUAGAAACAAUUAUUUUUAAAAUUUAUUAAAUUAAUAUAUGUAAAUCUUAAAAUAGUUACUUUGACAGAAAAUAAUUGUUAGUGAAGUAAUAUUUAAUUAUCUUAAUUUGAAUCAUAUUUAUGUUCUAUAUUUAAUGGUGGAUAAUAUAUGAUGGGGGUGUGUGGCAUACAUAUUUUUUAUGUCAUGUGGCGCCGGUCCGAAUUUUUAUGGCCUGCCAAUGACACUAUAAAUGUCCAAAUGGCCCUUGGAAGAAAAAAAGUUUCCCCAUCUUUGAUCUGUAGCACCUUCUUCUGUAGCACCUACUUCUGUAGCACCUUCUUCUGUAGCACCUUCUUCUGUAGCAACUACUUCUGUAGCACCUUCUUCUGUAGCACCUACUUCUGUAGCACCUUCUUCUGUAGCACCUACUUCUGUAGCACCUUCUUCUGUAGCACCUUCUUCUGUAGCACCUACUUCUGAUGCACCUACUUCUAUAGCACCUUCUUCUGUAGCACCUUCUUCUGUAGCAACUACUUCUGUAGCAACUACUUCUGUAGCAACUACUUCUGUAGCAACUACUUCUGUAGCACCUUCUUCUGUACACCUUCUUCUGUAGCAACUACUUCUGUUGCACCUACUUCUGUAGCACCUUCUUCUGUAGCAACUACUUCUGUAGCUCCUUCUUCUGUAGCACCUACUUCUGUAGCACCUUCUUCUGUAGCACCUUCUUCUGUAGCACCUUCUUCUGUAGCAACUACUUCUGUAGCACCUACUUCUGUAGCAUCUUCUUCUGUAGAACCUACUUCUGUAGCACCUUCUUCUGUAGCACCUACUUCUGUAGCACCUUCUUCUGUAGCACCUUUUUCUGUAGCACCUACUUCUGUAGCCCCUACUUCUAUAGCACCUACUUCUGUAGCACCUUCUUGGUGGAACCUCUUUCCUUUCAGAGAGUUUAAAAACUAUGCACAAAUUAGAAGCAUCAUGCUUAGCUUUGCUCAGCUUACUUUUCCAGCUGUUCCGAACGAUUUGUCAGUUCUGAAAUCAGGCCAUUUAAGGUGGACAUUUCUGAACUGAAUAACCUUGUUACAGAUAUUAAUUCGAACUAAUACUCUGUACCUUACAACAGACACUAUCAGACAGAUGAAGGAUCUGACAUAAGACAAAGCUCCAUUUAUCUCUGUUCUUAUUUUGACAGUUAGGCCCAUUACACUUAUGAAAAAUUUCCCAUCACCGUGGACUAGAACUAAACAAGUUGUAAACAGUUUGUACAGCUCCAAAGUUAUGGCUUCUGAAUUUAUUCUGUGACAACAUUUCUACACACAUCAAGUGUGGGGCAUCCACAUGGUGAAAAACCCCCCCACUGUUUCACAUUGUUCAAGUAUUCUUGUUUGUGCAACUUUAUAUUUUCCUGCCAUGCUGGCUACAUUGUCAUAUCCCUGUGCAGGACAAUCUGACAGGGGACUAACUUUCAAUGUCUAUCAUGAAUGAAUGUGUAUGAAUCUCCCUCAACAUUUAGCUUUCCUCUGGUUAGCAGGUAUUUUGCUUGAAAUUGUUAGGGUUCCGAUUGCCUAAAACCUUGUUCCCAACCAGAGAAAAAUUUCACAGAUGCAAGGCUUAAAGCACAUUGUUCAGUUCAAAGAUCGAAAUGGGGUAGCUUGCCCUUUGAAUCAAAAGCCUAAAAAUAGCAAUCAUGAUAAUUGUAUGUAACUUGUGAGCUACAGCUUCACAUAAAUAUGCUUGGUUUUUAGAACAUAACAAUUUCUGACCUAUUUAUUAAUUUGUUGAAAUCAAAUUUUGCACAAAAUGAAUGAUUGAUUGAAUUUUAAAAAAAAUUUUUAAGGAUAUUUCAACUUUCAUGUUAAAGAAAUAUCAACUUUCAUGUUAAAGAUAUAUCAGCUUUCAUGUUAAAGAUAUAUCAACUUUCAUGUUAAAGAUAUAUCAGCUUUCAUGUUAAAGAUAUAUCAGCUUUCAUGUUUAAGAUAUAUCAGCUUUCAUGUUAAAGAUAUGUCAGCUUUCAUGGAAAAUGUUAUCAUUGUUUAAUUAAGUUUUUGAAAGACAUAUGACAAGUUUUGUGUCUCAGGUUGUAGCACCUGUGAUUUGAACAACAUCUUUGACGCAGUGCUAAAUAUUACUCCUCAUUUCAUGCUUGGUGGAUAGGUGAAGAUAAUCAGCCAGGAACUGGACUCAUAUCUCAAGAAAGAAGUGACCCAGUUCAGGGACAUGCUUCGCCACAGUGAUGGUCAGCAGUCAGGCCAGGUUUGCAUGCAAUUAUUUUUUACCCUCUUUCAAAUGUGCUCAGAAAUCUUAAGAAAUGUUCAAGUCAAUUGAUUUGCUUAUUUAUAAAAAUGGAUGCAAAAAGAAACAAAAAGGUCAUUUUAAAACACGUUCCUCAAUUUAUUUAUAUAUUUAUGAUUGAAAUUUAUUAUUUUUGAAUGAUUGGGGGCUGAAGUUUGUUAGAAUUAGUAUUUUUGCAUUAAAAAGCCAUACAUCUUGAUGUCAUUAUCAUCAUAAAUAGUAUUAUUUGGCACAUUUAGUGGUAAAUCCUUAUGAGAAAUUGUUUCUUCUUCAAAAUACUUGAAUAUUAAUGUAAAAAAUAUCCUGUGAUUUUUGUUUAAACACAACACUGUUUCCCCAUUAUUUUAAAUUGUGCUGAGUAAGCAAAUAGAAGUUUGAAUUCUUAUAAGUAAAAUAAACCUACAUAUAUUUUAACUAUGGGUCAGAUUAAUGUAAGAUUUUAUCCAGUAUUGUACACGUUGAUAUCAUAGAAUCAAAUGAUCAGAACUGUGUCUGUAAUUUGAAGUAUCUUUUACGUCUCACAGAUAGUUCUGGAAUUUUACCGCAAGCAAAGGAAUAGAUGGCUUUUUCAGGGAGAUGUCUUUCCAUGGGAGGUUUGGAGCAUCAAGCUGGACAUCAUCAACUUAUUGACAGAGAAUGGUAAACACUUGGCUAAACUAUUGAGAAAUAUUUAACACUCAGCUUAACUGUUGAGAAAGCUUAUGCUGAAAAAAUAUUACAGCAAAGACCACAGCAAGGCUUCCCUUAAGAUGAGAAAAUGUAUAUUUUAUUGCAAAGAGCAAGGCAUAGCUUGUAAAGCGGUUUGAUAUGCUGUUCAAUGUCUACAUCACAGACAGAGUUGCAAGAAUUGGAAAUCGAUGACAUUACAUUUUUUAGCCUUCAUGGGCAAAGUUGCCAGAAAAUACUUUAACCGACCUUAUUUACUUACUGGUUAAAUUCACUUCAUGAACCAAACACAAAAUGGUGGGCAGUGAGGUGCGUUGUUCAUUUCAAAUUUAGAUCUUGCGAAAGCUUUUUAAGAGUUUGAAAAUUAAAGUCAUUUUGAAAGUGAUUUUUAUCUUAGGAAUUGAAAUAAAAUAUCUCUGUGUCGUAAAAGCAAAUAUUUAACUUUGCAAGUUUGUAUAUUAAUUAUUCCAGUGACAGCAAUAUUUCAUUCAGUUUUGAAGGCACGUGUUAAACUGACAGAAAUUUAUAGGAUUUGAAUGUAAAAAUACAGCUUAGAAAUGUAUAGCAUUUUCUCAUGCAUAGAGAGGGCAGAGUUCAAGACGAAGCUGUCAGAGCAGGUCAUGGAGAAGGUCUUCAGUAUAUUAGAUGUGAUCAAUCGUCAUGCGUACGUGCCCAGUACACCCCCCAAAGAGGACGAGGAGUUGGUGUAUGACACCAGCUUUACAGACAUCCAACCCUACUUGUUCAGAGUAAGUUAUCCACACAUCUAACUCUGCUUGUUCAGAGUAAGUUAUCCACAAUCUAACACUGCUUGUUCAGAGUUAGUUAUCCACACAUCCAACCCUACUUGUUCAGAGUAAGUUAUCCACACAUCUAACCCUACUUGUUCAGAGUAAGUUAUCGGCACAUCCAACCCUAUUUGUUCAGAGUAAGUUAUCCACACAUCCAACCCUACUUGUUCAGAGUAAGUUAUCCACACAUCUAACUCUGCUUGUUCAGAGCUAGUUAUCCACAUAUCCAACCCUACUUGUUCAGAGUUAGUUAUCCACACAUCUAACCCUACUUGUUCAGAGUAAGUUAUCGGCACAUCCAACCCUAUUUGUUCAGAGUAAGUUAUCCACACAUCCAACCCUACUUGUUCAGAGUAAGUUAUCCACACAUCCAACCCUACUUGUUCAGACUAAGUUAUCCACACAUCUAACUCUGCUUUUUCAGAGUUAGUUAUCCACACAUCUAACUCUGCUUGUUCAGAGUAAGUUAUCCACACAUCUAACUCUGCUUGUUCAGAGUUAGUUAUCGGCACAUCCAACCCUAUUUGUUCAGAGUAAGUUAUCCACACAUCCAACCCUACUUGUUCAGAGUAAGUUAUCCACAAUCUAACACUGCUUGUUCAGAGUUAUUUAUCCACACAUCUAACCCUACUUGUUCAGAGUAAGUUAUCGGCACAUCCAACCCUGUUUGUUCAGAGUAAGUUAUCCACACAUCCAACCCUACUUGUUCAGAGUAAGUUAUCCACACAUCCAACCCUACUUGUUCAGAGUAAGUUAUCCACACAUCCAACCCUACUUGUUCAGAGUAAGUUAUCCACACAUCCAACCCUACUUGUUCAGAGUUAGUUAUCCACACAUCUAACCCUACUUGUUCGGAGUAAGUUAGCCACACAUCCAACCCUACUUGUUCAGAGUAAGUUAUCCACACAUCCAACCCUACUUGUUCAGAGUAAAUUAUCCACACAUCCAACCCUACUUGUUCAGAUGUAUAAUGUGGACACCUAACUUGCGAUCUGCUAAUCUAGUUCCAUAAACAACACCCCCCCCCCUGCCCUUUUUCCCCACUGCCACACAGUCAAACAAAAGGUCAUAAAACAGUGAACUCCAUGACCUUGUCAAGACAGGUCAGGCAUCAUGACUGAUGAUGACAUUGUUCAUUUGGUUGAAUUUAAUGUCAAUACACACACAGUAUAUUUCAAAAGGAGUCUAUAUUGCAAGAGCUGGCUUAAUUUACAGAUGAGUUGUCACCAAUUACAUCUAAAUUUUAAAUUCAUUAUUCGAGAUCAUUUUUAAAAAUAAAAUCGCUGUUCAUAAUUAUUUUAAAACUCAAGAUUUAUGAAAAUCGGUCUGUAAACUAACUGGUUUCAUGUAAAAUGUCCAAAUAUGCACGCAGCUAAGGGGAAAGCAUUCAUAAAUUUGUCUUGUUGCUAUAGUAAAAUAUAAAGUGUUGAUGAAAAAAUCGCGUACACCUUCCUCCGCGUAUAAUGCAAAUCCCUAACUUUAAGUAGCAUUUUUCAAGCUAAAUUUCUGUCUUUAUAUGUGGUAAUAAAAGGUAUUUAUAAAGAUAACCAGCGCUAUUGAGUAAGAUACCAGUAUAUUUGAUUAGUUGAUGGCAUGUCAAACUUAGAUUCAUCUAAUUACUGAACACUGCUGUCUUGUUAACAUACGGCCAUGUGUAAUAAUUUUAAGCCUAUGGUUAUCAUCAGUGCCGAAAUAAUGUUAACACUUAGCUAUGCUCAGUGCUAUAUUAAUGUUGACAUAUGGUUAUGUCAAAUCCUGCAGCAUUAUUUUAUUUCUGAAGUGUUUACCUCACUGUACCUAGCCCCCCGUUGGUGUAGAGUACUGCUAGGAUUCUAAAAUGAUUAAUGUUGUGUUCUCCUACAGAUUUCUCAUCAAACGACUGGCCCGUCCCCUACAUCUGUCGGCACCACAAUGAGAAAAUUUCUACGAGGAUCAUUGGCUUUAUAAGUCAAACCAAUAGUUCCAUGCAAACUUUUUAUUGAAAUCUGGCAAUCCAAAGCAUUUGUCUAUAAAUUUUUAAAAAUAUUUUGCUAUUGUAUAAAAUACUUUGAUUUCAUUUAUGCCAGUUGUACAAGUCAGCCAUGUUGCAAUGUCUUAUGCUGUACCGGUCAGCUGUGGAAUUCAACAUAGUUAAAUAACCAAGUGUACAGGACCAUGCCUUAGUAAACAUGCGACAUUUCUUGACCUGACCUGGGGGCUGUAAUCUUUUCUCCCAUGUUUGAAAGUAAAUAGAAACACAUGACCAGAAAUCUACAGUUCAUAUUUUUUCUAAUGAAAUUCUCAGGCAGUUUCAUCGGCAGUUCAAAUGGAAAGCCCAGAAAAUAAAUCAUAUUGAUGUAAUGUAAACACAGUCUAAACCUCUUAUGAUGAGUUAACCUAAAAAGAUGAAUCACCAGAGAUCGGAGAUACUAAUGGUUUUGCAAAUUUUUACCUUUGAUUUUUUUCCCUCUUCUGGCUUCUGUCAGCUGAUGACCUACUUUCUGGCAAUAUGUGUACUACUGCCUUGGCCCCUGUCUUAUGAUUUGUAAACAAUUUUAACCUCUACUACAGAAACUCUCACCAAAGUUUAUUUUUGCUUAACGAUUCAUCUUUGCUCUUUUCAAUUAUAACCUGUGACUUUUCAUUGCUGGCCUUGUUAAGUAAAGACAACAAUUUUAUUACUCAUCUCUCGUUACAUCCUGUUGUGGUAUAUGGAAGUAAUAAUUGUCAAGGCAGUUGAAAACAUUACACAACUUGAAAAUCACCCCCCCCCCUCUUUCCACCCACACCUUCUCAUUUCUCUUUAUUUUUACUGCUCCAGGAAUCAAUGAAUUCACACUGUGGUAAAUAUUUCAUGGUCAUGUCAAAAGGUAUAUGGAAGUAAAAAUUGUCAAGGCAGUUGAAAACAUUACCCAACUUGAAAAUCACCCCCCCCCCCCCUCUUUCCACCCACACCUUCUCAUUUCUCUUUAUUUUUACUGCUCCAGGAAUCAAUGAAUUCACACUGUGGUAAAUAUUUCAUGGUCAUGUCAAAGGGAAAUAUUUGUGGGAUAUACUUGUGUGGUAUAUUUGUGUGGUAUAUUUGUAGGGUAUAUUUGAAUGUUUAAAAAAUAUAAUGGAGGUAAUUCUGUUAAUUUCAUAUAAUAUAAUAAUGUCUGUGAGCAUGCUUGUUUUUUUAGAAUGAUUUCUCUAUUUCAGUGAAAUAAAUGUUAAAACCAAUUUAAAUAAUG